CCCCAAUCCAGUCAAACCAGACGAAACCAGACGCGUCUAAGAAGCGAGAGCCCCAGCCCUAUAUAUUGUUUACCUCCACCCCCAAAACAAACUUCCUCCUUUUACCUUUCCACAAGCACCAUCAAAUUUCAAAACUCACGUUCUCCCUUCACUUGUGUUUAUACACUCUUACACUCUUUCAAUCCUCCAUCAACUCCUUUCAAACUUCCAAAAAAAACUACCAUACCCCCUUUAAUUCCUUUCAUACCUCUCUUGUUGAUUGAUCUGUACGGACCUUUCAACUUCAACCUUCAGUCUCCGUUACCAACACACUGUCAACCUUGCACAACAACUCAAUCCAAUUCAAUCAAUCAAGAUCACUCAUCAAGUCAACAUGAAGGUCAACAUGCGCUCUACCGUGGCUCUCACCCUUGCUGCCCUGGCUUUUGGUGCUGUCACUGCCAACGCCCACAACACCCUCGACGAGGUCAGUGAGUAUCAUGUCACCGAGGUUGACACCGAGACUGUCGAUUGCACCGACACUUCUUCUCUCCCAGACUUCUCAGUCAAUACCUUUUACUCCACCCAUGUGCACCAGUCAGUCAAGUACACCUUGUCCAGUGGGCAUACCUUGGCCCUCCCAACCGAGGUCAUUGGUGGCUUGAAUGGCUUGACCAGUCUUUUCCAUUUCUACUCUCACACCGAGGGACAGCAGAUUACUUCUGCCACUACUUCUGUUGAGGAGCAGCCAACUGUGUCAUCUGCCGCCUCUACGGCCUCUACUUCCACUGGGGAAAAGCCAAUCAUCUCGACUGUCCCGUCGUUCACCAGCACCGUGGUUCAGCCAACCUUUGUUUCGAUCCCUGUUGCCAGCGAGCCUGUUCCUGUUGUUGCUCCCUCCAGCAGCGCCGAAGCUCACUCUGAGGCUUCUACCGAACCUGUCCCUGUCACUACUGCCGAGCAGCCUUCUGCCACCAAGGAAAUCAUUCCUCCAGUCGUCAGCACUGAGACUCCCCUGGCCAACCCUCUCCGCCCAUCCGUCACUCCCCCCAGCUACACCGCAAUCGCCCAACCCCCCACCACCAUCGUCGCCACCGGUGUCCCCCACCCAAGCAACAACACCACCGUCGUCGCCACCGGCAUCCCACGCCCAAACAACACCACCACGGGACAAACUCUCCCACCGAUCCACGGCGCCGCGCCCACUCUCUCCGCCACCCCUGGCAUCCUCCUCGCCUUCUGCGGUCUGAUCUGCUACUUGAUCUAAUCCCAUGCAGGGUCGCCUUCUGCACUCAGUAUAUUGCGGACAACAGGCGUGUAUUUGUAGAAACAUACAGUUACGUAUGAUAGUUACCAAAUUUUCUGAUUUCGUUCUGUCCUUCAACCAAGGCUGCUCGUGUAAUGUCGGAUCUUCGCGGCGGUGCUUGAGGGUUGGAAGGUUCAGAUGGGAAGUGUUUAUUGAAAAGAUGGAGAUGGGCGGCUAGGUGCAGCUGGAUCGUUUUUGCGUGGGUCGGUGCAGGCUGGUGUUUGGUCUGGACGGCGGACGGCGUUCAUAGGCUGCAGUUAGGAUGGG